UUCCUACUACACGGUUUAGUUCCUGGUUGAUGGAAUAACACGCUUUCGGCGACUCUUUGCUCACCACGCAACAUCAACUUUUAAAAGCAUGGAAUAAGUAUUGCUUAAGCCAUGGCUCUGUAGACUCUCCAGCAGGUUUGCUCACAGUAGGCUUGCCAGUUUGCAAUCGCCAGCAAAGCUAGCUACCUCGCUAGCUAGCAACAUUGAGGUCCAAAAUGACUGACUGCUGCGCCGCAGCCAACUGUGAUUAUCGACAAGGAGGAUCCGAAAACUCCCCUCCGCUUUUCAGCUUUCCAUUGGAUCCAGAGCGAUGCAAAUUGUGGCUGAACAACUGUCAUCGUCCAGAUCUGGGAUCAGAACCUCCUGAGCAGUUGCAUAAGCUGUACAGACUGUGUGCAAAGCACUUUGAGCCCUCUCUCAUCUCUCAUCAGGGCGACGCCAGCAGUGUUUUACGAGAAGAUGCUGUUCCAACAAUAUUUGACUCAACAAUGCCGGUGAAUAAUCAAUCAACCUGCAACAGGAAGCGAGCAAGAGAUCCUUCUGAAGAGGAUCCUACCUCAGUGAAGAAAACAAAAGAAAACACUGCAAAAACAUUGGUGGUUGAGGGGAAGAGAGAAGUACCCAGUGCAGCACCUGAACUGCAAAAUGAGAACCAGACCCAAGAGGAUGGAGCCAGCAUUAAAGCAAAAGAAACUCUCAAGGUCUAUUUCAAGGAAAUCCUGGCACUUACGGGCUUCAGCAUAAAUGGUGCAAACAGCAGCACUGAUGAGCCGAUGGGAAGUACAAGAGGACAGCAGGCUUUCAAUCAGAUCUGCGUUGAGAAAAUUGACAAAAAAGAAAUCCUCCAAUUCAGCGAAGACCUCAUGCGAGAGGAGAUCCAAAACAGCCUCAGGCAAGCACGAUUCUUCUCCAUUCUGCUUCAGGAUGUGACCAGUGUAGAGGGAAAAGAGCAGAUCCCAGUUUUCAUCCGGUCAGUCACAGUCGAUGGGUUCCCACAAAAGCACCUCAUUGGGUUCUUACCGUGCAACAUGGAUACAGAGAGUCUGUUUUACAUGCUGCUGUCAGAGCUACGAAACAAGUGGGGGCUGAGGAUGGAGCACUGCCGAGGGCUGACUUAUCUGGUCACAGGCAGCAUGUGUCAGAAAAUGAGAGACCUUACCUCCAGGAUUCUGCAAGAGUUCCCGCAAGUUGUUCUGUCGCCAAGCGACCCAUAUGCCUUCAACAUAUGGAUUAUUCGCUGCAUGCCUGUGCACUCUAUUCAAAGUGUCGCUAACACAGUGGAGGAGGUGGCCUCGUUACUCAGGAGAACACCGGAGCUGUGCAAAAGAUUGGAGGGAAAGAUCCAGACAACGUAUGGGCAUAUGAAAGGGGAGGUGGACAGGAUCAAGGCCGCCAUUGCUGAGAACUGGGAGUAUGGCACUGAUGCCUUCCAGACCAUGUUGGAAAUUCUGGAGCCGUUCCUGAACUGCAUCAAUGAGAUGAUUUCAAAGGUAGACGAAGAUACUGCUGAGCAGAUGGCCAAGCUCAAGCCAGUUCUGAAGAAUUUCAAUUUUAUCAUCACACUUGUUGUUCUGAAGAACACCCUCUGUUGUGUGAGCAUACUCAACUCAAGCCUCAGGGGAAUAAUUAGCAUCAGCAGUACGCUGCAGUACACAAUUUCCAAUGCCUUAAAGCUGGUAAGCAAAUAUCAACAGGAGCUUGCAAUAUUCCACAGGAAAUGGUUUUCAGAUGCUAUCGGCAGAGCAAAGAAACUGGGAGUGGAGGUCACCAAACCAGAGACGGACCAAGGAGACGCAACUGAAACGCCACUGGAGGACCGUUACAGAGAAAACCUCAGCCGGCCCAUCUUGCAGUAUCUCGUUGCGGAGGUGAAGCGAGUGUUCAGCACGGAGAUGGUGAGGAUUCUCCGCUGGCUGUCUUUAGUGCCAUCGUAUAUGGCCGACCACAAUUUCAGCAUUCGGAGGGAUAAAGUAGCAGAUGCCAACUUGAACAACCUCGCAAGGCCAGACACGUUCUACGAAGAGCUCGGUUGUUGGGAGGUGAAGUGGAGGCAUGCGAGCAAGCGCCGAAUCCUGCCUACCACGGUGUUUGCAACACUCAAAAUCCCAGAUAUCGGGUUUUACCCGAAUGUGCAGAGCCUGCUGCGGGUGUUGGGCACUGUGCCCUGUGUAAAUGCAGAGGCAGAUGUGUAUGGUCAAUACCAUAUGGUGCUGGAGAGGUGCCACUCCUACCUGAGAGCCACACCAGAGGACCAAAGACAGUGCAGCAUGGCAUACGUAUACGUGAACCAAGACGUUCACUUCAACGUCGAACAGAUGGUGGAUUCAUACGUCCAGAAGCAUCCAGACAUCUUGCAGUUGCUCCAGACGGAUGAUGACACAAAGGAGAAGCCUACCCAAGUGGCAUCCCAUGGGAACCAUGCUGAGAAGGACACUGAAGAAGAGUUGCAGUUCUUAAACCUAGAGAUGGAUGCUGAAAGGCUUGUGGAGAUCAAGUGUGCAGAGACUGACCGGGAUUCUCUUAAAUCUGCUUUGCAAGCUGCAGUGACGGCUGCAUACAGCAGCCAAAGCAGGCGACAUGGUGAGGCUUCUGCUCCGGAGGGCGAAGUUGAGUAUGUGACCAAGUCUGAAAUGAAAGAAGUUCUCACCGUGUGCGAGAAGGCCGUCAGGGAGGGGAUCCUCUUGGAAGUGGGGAUAUCCUUUUUUUCCUUGUUCAUCGACUGCGUUGUGAAAUUUGGGGACAAAGAUCACCUUCCGCUCUUCCUGAGGUUUGUGGACAGUUUUGAUGUCAUGCGAUUGGAGUUGAUGGGAUUCCUUGAGGCAGAUCUCGAUUGUGAUGCCAUGGGACAGCGUCUGCUGGAAAUAGUAACUGUCGAGUGGAAUCUGGAUUUGAAUAACUGCAGAGGUCAAGCAUACUUGGGCUCUGGUGAUGUUUCCUAUAAGCUGAAAGCCUUUGCCUGCAAAGUCCAGGAGUUACAUCCUCUUGCUAUAAGCACUCACUGCUCUUCCUACUCUUUCAACACAUGGUGGUCCAAAUCCAUCCCAGUGCCCGCUGUUAAGAGAGCCCUGGAUACUUUCGAAGAGGUUGUGAUGUUUUUCGGCAGCAGCACCACUCUACAAAAACAGCUGGAUCACGUCAUAGCCUUUGGUCUUCGAGAGAGCUAUGAAAAGGUCCAGGAGCUGCAGGGGAAGUUCUGUGCCCUUUGGCAAGAGAAGCAUGAUUCUUAUGAGGUGUUUGUGCAGAUGCUAGAGCCCAUGGUCGAAUGUCUGGAGAAAAUCAAAAACAACCCACAGAGAUGGAAGGCCAUUGUGUCCGAGCAAGCUGUGGCACUCCUCAGCAAGGUCAUGGAAUUUGAUUUCAUCAUUGCCAUGGUGGUCUUGAAGAAUGCUUCCUCUUUCACAAGAGAGCUGAGUGCAGGUCUCCAGAAGGACCACUUCAGUGCUGCAUCCCAACUUUGCCAAAUCAGCGGAAUCGUGGCCACUCUGAACCGGGUAAAAACAAAUAUGAAGGUGUUUCACCAGAACUGGUUUGACGAGGCCUGUGCAAUAGCACAGAGUCUAAGAGUGCAGAUUGAAGUGCCUGAAAAUGCCUCUCAGACGGCAAGGGACGGCAUGAUGAAGCCAGUGGGUUUUUACAAAGACGGCCUGAGUGUGCCCCUCGUAGACAACCUCAUCAAUGCCGUGAAGGAUCAUUUUUCAGAGGACCACAAAGAAGCCCUCAACUUCCUCUCCCUGGUCCCUUGCUCAGUCACAGUGAGUUACAUGUUUGAGAGCCUGAAGUCAAAGCCUCCUCUCUACAGCGGUGAUCUUCCCGAUGCCGACAACUUCUUCACAGAGCUGUGCUGUUGGAGAGUGACAUGGAAGACCAAAGUUGCGUCCGUGACCAUCCCAGGCUCAAUAUUUCACACCCUGCGCCUGCCUCUCAUGCAGUACUUUGGCAACAUCAAUGCUUUGCUGAGGAUCAUGUCUGUGCUCCCCAGCACAGCGCUGGAGGACUGCGGUGUCGUAAUGCGCCACAAGAAGUUCCAAGAGUACCUGAGAAACACAAAUCCCAAAGACAGGUCCCCGUGUUUGGCUAUGCUGCAGGUGGGCACGGACUUCAGCAGAGACCUGGACCGCAUGGUGACCCAGUGUUUGAAGAUCACUCCGCAGGCUUUGGAGGGCAUAUGUCUGGACAAGGAAUCCAAACGUUUCAACAGAAAUCCAGAAAACAACAUGGAAGUUGAUUGUGUCAAGGAGGAAGCCCUAGAGCCUAAAAUUCAUCAGUCUCCUGAAGAAAAAGUUGAGGACCAGGACAUAAGACCGGCAGAUGAGAACGGCCACUCUGGAGAUAAUCGCCAAAGUCUGGCGACGGUAUUCAAACUGGCCACACUUCUGGGGAAAAAGAACAGCAGUCCCUCUGACCUCUCGCAGGAGGACCGAGAGUUGUUUGUCCAGGAGCUCAGCGUGUGUCACUGGUUUGGAAAUGAUAGCAAAUGCGCGCCCUCUAUCGGCGACGAUGAGAUGGUGAAUCUCCUCAUAAAUGGAAUCCGAGAUGUCAUACUCAAGGAGAUACAGGAAUCGCCUUUCUUCUCGCUUAUCACAGACAAACCUGUUAAAAUUGACGACAAGACACACCUGCCGGUUUUUGUCAGGUUUGUUGGAGAAUCUUCUCCAAAAGUAGAGCUUAUGGGUUUCUUGCCAUUUGAUGAAAGUUGUCAAGUUGAUACACAAGCAAAUAACCUGGCAAAGAUUCUCACAGAAGACUGGGGCUUACCAAUGUCUCAGUGUCGUGGACAGGCCUUCAUGCACUUGGGCUCAGGUUAUCAAAGCCUGAAGAAGAUGUCUUUGGAUUUCCUCAUGAGCUACCCUCUCUCUGUUGUAACACCCAGCGAGUCCUGCGGCCUUUCCCAUUGGCUGGCGGGAAGUGUGCCUUGCCCUUCAGUAGCAAAAAUGUUGGCUGUCACAGAAGACCUGCUAUUGUUCUUUGAUGAGUCUCCUUAUCUGGAAGGACAGUUGGCACAAGCUGUUGAUGGGCUGUUGAAUUUGCCAAGAGAGGCCCUGGAGGAAAUGCCAGAAACAUGUUGCUCUCGGUGGAAAAAGAGAGAGGACUUCUUUGACAUACUCACUGACACAUUGGAGGGCAUCCUCAGCUGCCUCGAUGCUGUUAGCUCGAGUGCAUUAGGCGCCAAGUCGAUGCAUGCACAAGUUCUGUCCACCGCUCUGAGGAAUCUGGAUUUCAUUGUCACCCUUGUGAUUCUGAAGAAUGCUUGUGCUCCCCUUCGUAACUGUAGCACUGUCUUCCGCUGUGGAAACCCUGCUGACAUUCUCUGUGAAGUUGAAAAAAUCCCCUCCAUCAUUGAGACUCUUAACAAAAUGUUAGAAAAUGUGAGCACUCUGCACUCCACUUGGUUUGAGCAGGCAUUCCAGCUAGCCACCAAGGUAGCUCCUGAACAAGUGUGCUUCUCCGAGGAAGCCAACAGCUAUGAAUCUCCUGAGAUCUACUACAGGGAGAACCUGAGUACCCCUCUCCUCAGAAGUCUCGUGGAUGAAAUGAAGUACAGCUUCUCAGACAGCCACUUGAAGGCCUUGUCGGUCCUGUCCUUACUGCCCUCUUGCAAUCCACAGCCCAUUCUGCCGGCAAACACAGACGAGCCGUUCAGCCUCUACCUUGCAGAUCUCCCUGAUCCUGAGGCUGCCCAGCAGGAAAUCAACGCAUGGGCCACAGUCUGGGGAGAGAAAUACCAGGACGCUGCUCCUCCAUCAUCCAUAGCUGAAACACUAGUCCAUCCCGAGGCAAAAAGCCACCCUACUGUUACCUCACUGCUUAGGCUUGUCGCGGUCCUGCCCAGUGUCAGUAUGGAGUGGGACCUGAUGAGGACCACUCUGAAUUCCAUGAGGGAUCUGUUAAAAAACACAGUAUGCAAAGGCAGCAGGAAGGACCACGUGGUGCUCCUCUCCCACGCCACAACUCUGCAGAGACUGCCCGAGGUCAUUGAGAAGUGUAUGGAGGUGGAUCCAGAGAGCAUCCCAUGUCUAUCCCAGGUGAUUGGAACUUUGCAGAGACUAAAGUUGGACAUCGGAGGUGUAAAAGCAGAAUUACCACCAACAGAAUCACACUCCUCCAUCGUAGCAGAGGACCCUCCGGAUGGAGAGGUGAAAUCGACGGAUAAUGAGGUGCCGCCGGAGGGCGCACAUGGACCAGGAAAAGCAGUGUCUUUCUACGAGCCACAGCUGCGUGAACAAAUUCUCAAGGAACUCUGGGACUCACAGUUCUUUACAGUUAUUACCGAGCAAGCUGUUGAAAUUGACUGCGAGCCCUACAUCCCGUUGUGCAUCAGGUACUUAAACAAAGAGGACAUCCAGUGUGAGGAAACAUUGGCCUUCAUCCCCUUUGGCAAAGACCCAGUUGUCUUAGCCGAUGCUAUUGAGACUGCCCUGUCUGAGAAGUGGGGGCUCAACAUGGCGUACUGUAGAGGGCAAGCCUUGCUGAGUGUUGGUGAUGUCGGAGCUCAGAUGAGGGCUGUAAGUUUAGCCUUAGCUACAAAAUACCCCCAGGCUGUGAGGACAGUCAGCUCUGCGUUGUCUCUUAAUGUGUGGCUGGCUAGAUCGUCUCCCGCUGAAGAAGCAGCAGAUGGAGCAUUUCUCAUUGGUAAAAUAUUACAUUGGCUCACGGAGGAUGCAGAACGCCAGAACAAACUGGAAGACAUGAUCAUUCACGUGUUCCAGCAGGACGAGGUAAAGGGCAACGAGCUGAGAGACAAGCUCAUCAAAAACUGGGAGAAGAGUCAUGACAUGCACGAGGUGAUGGUGGAGGUUUUAGAAGCUGUCAUGCUCACUUUAAAUGAGCUGAAAGGGGAAGGUAGUGCUGCAAAUCGGCAGCAGGCAUCACAGUUGUUUGACGCCAUCCGAAACUUUGAGUUCAUCCUGUCGGCCGUGGUGCAGAAGAACAUCUUGAGUGUAACUAAAAAGCUAAGUCAGUCUCUGCAAGGCAAGCCCUUAGACAUGCUGCUGGCGGUGAACCAAAUGCCCGACCUUAAAGAGUCACUCCGUAAACUGAAGAGUGAUAUUGACACCCAUCAAAAGGUCUGGUUUGAAGAAGCCACCGCCCUGGCCUCUAAACUCCACGUACCCAUGAUGCAUUCGGUGCUUCUAGAGCCAUUGAGUGAGUUUUACAAGCAAUCGGUAAGCAUGAAGGUCAUAGAACACUCAAUUGCCGAAAUUGACGACCUCUUCACCGAAAAGGUAUUGGAUACGUUGAGGUGUCUGGAGAUUGUGCCUUACGCAAUGUCCAAACUAGAAACCAGCAUUCUUAGUGGUCUUGUGUUCCGCCUGUACAAGGAGGAUUUGCCAGAUCAGGUCUCUCUUCACACGGAGAUGAAGUUGUGGAAGGAGAAAUGGCUGGAUCCCCUGGCCGGCUAUCUCCCAACCACCGUGCUCGAUACGCUCAAGACGUCGCAGAUAAGGAGUUUCAGUAACAUUGAAACUCUCCUCAGGCUCCAGGUCAUCUUGCCCUUUUCAAGGAAGGAGAGCAACUUCAGACAGGGAAAGAAAAGCUUACAGGAGUUCAUACAGCAGGACAAGCGAUGCCUCACUCAUCUACACCCUCUGUAAGACAGGCAGGUCUUCCUUCACUAGCUAGCAGAGCACCAACCAUACCUAAGAACUAACGUCUCAACCUUACUUGAGGUGCCGUCUUCUGAACUUAAUAUUUCUGUACAUUAUUGAUCUGAGUUCUUUUGAGAUUUCCUUUUGUUGUUAUCCUGCAAACUAAGCCCUAUGUUUUCUUUUUUUUAUCCUGUAGUUUGUACAGUUUUACUGACCAAUGGGACCAAUGUCUUGGCAAAAAAACAAAGGAUUUGCUUGUGUGCCUUGAUGCGAAAUGAAUAAUUCACCCCAUGUAAUCAUGAUAAUUCAGAUGUUGAAAAAUGUCCCAUUGGCAAUCACUGACUUCUGUAACGCUGUUAUGACCUUUAUUAUAAUGAUUAAAUGCA